AUGAGCGGCUGGAACUUGGCGAUUUCCAACUUCAAACGCGAGUGGAGGAUGCUCCUCCGCGCCGCACGCUUCCGUGGCUCGGCGCUGCGCCGAUGUCCCCGGUAUGUGGAUGCGCUGACACUCAGCAACCAGGCGGUGAAGGACCGAGAAGAUGCCCGGCCUCAGGUCCCGACGCCUCCACCCGUCCGUGUUGCCUACGAUGUGCUCUGCUGGUUCAUCGAUGUGGUCUUUGAAGACCGGCCCAUUCAGAGGUUUUGGUUCUUGGAGACCGUGGCGCGGAUGCCCUACUUCGCCUACAGCUCGGUGCUCCAUCUCUACGAGACCUUUGGCUGGUGGCGCUCCCCGGAGCUGCGUGCGGUGCACGCGGCGCGGUUUGGGGGGACGGGGGGGACGCGGGGAGACGGGGCGGCUUGGUCUUAA